AUGCACCACCAGCAGACACAGUAUCAAUACGCUUCCCCAGUAAACAUGCCUUCAGUCUCGCCACAGCACUACGCUCGCCCGGCACCCACCCGUGUUUCGAGCACCACCGAGUUCCGCGGGUCAACCAACCCCGACGAGGACUGGACCAAGAUCAGCGACCUUGCCGAGCGUCGCAGGAUCCAGAACCGCAUCGCUCAGCGCAACUACCGCAAGAAGCUGAAGCGUCGUCUUGAAGACCUCGAGCGCCGCGCUGCCUCGCGCUCCAUCUCUCCCAACGGAGAGGACACUGAUGGUCGCUCGACCCGCGAGUCGUCGGCCGAGCAGCCCCUCCACUCGCCGCCGCCCAGCUCCGAGCCCCACAUGACCAACUCUCCCCCGUCACGAGACAGCUACCCUUCGGUCAGCAGCAGCGCCUACACCACCUCCAGCAGCAACUACUCUUCGUACCGGUCGACCGGCGGCGCACACUCGCCCUCGUACGCCCCGGCUUUCUCGUCCGACUCCAGCAGCUACAGCUACUACCAGCCCUCCACCACCGGCGCAUCGCAUUCACAGCUCCCGGCGAUCGCUGAUCUCUCGUCAAACACCCCUCCCCACUACAUGUACAGCACCUACUCGACCCCGACACUGUCCUCGAUAGUCGAGGCGACCUGCGGAACCCCGGUGCCAACGACGUCCUCGGGCGCCGAGUCGGCCUACCUGCCGCUGCCCUCAUCCCGCAUCUCUGGCUACAGCAGCGUUGCCCCCGAGUACGCAGCGCCCAAGACGACUCCGGCCUACGAGAACACCAUGUCUCCGUACUACUUGUCGUACACCGGCCUCUCAGAAACCCCAGAUCCCAACAACUACUACAACAACUACUACGCGCAGGAUCACCACCACCACCACCACCACAGCCCUCCCACACACUCGGCCGUGACGAUAAAGCAGGAGAACUAG